GUGUUUUCUGACAAGCGCAGCAUGAGCGAAAGAAAAAGGUUCAUCAAUGAGGAUAAUGAGGUAUUUGACGACCCCAACGACCUCAUUAACCAGGUAAUCAAAAACCUCACGGUGCCGCCAGACAAUAUCCCGACGACCGUCUCACGCGUGUACAACAACGAACGGAAUCUAAACAACGAGGUCCAGGCGUACGCCAAGAUUGCCGGCAGAGACUGGACCUUCUAUGUGAAAUCGUUGAAAGUGCUUAUAGGCCGUAAUACCGACUCGCACGCCACGGACCGGGCCGAGGACAAGGUCGACAUCGAUCUGGGGCCGUCGAAGGUGGUUUCCCGAAAACACGCGUCGAUCUCGUACAAUCUAGAGGAAAGAAGGUGGGAGCUCGUGAUUCUGGGGCGUAAUGGGCUCAAGAUCGACGCCCAGCGCAUCAACUCCACGUCGAACGGCUCGGGGCCCAUAUUUCUCAACUCGGGCAACAUCAUCGACAUUGGCGGCACCCAGAUGAUGUUCAUUCUGCCCGAUGCCGUGCCAGUGAUCUCCAACUACUUCCUUUCCAACCUCAAGAACAAGCGGCCCAAGUCUGACGUUUUCAGCAACUCGAGUGCGUCGCUCUACUCCACCGACAUCUACACCAACAACAACGUCAAGGGUUUCCAAAUAUACGAGAAGUCGCCCGCGCCCAACGAUCUCUCGUCUCCCGGGCACACCAUCAAGGGCUCGGAGCAGGAUUACUCCAAAGAUGACGCCAAGGAUCUCAAGCCGCCGUACUCGUAUGCCACAAUGAUCACACAGGCGAUCCUGUCUAAUCCUCAAGGCAUCUUGUCGCUGUCGGAGAUUUACGACUGGAUAGCGAGCCAUUACGCUUAUUACAGGCACAGCAAGCAAGGGUGGCAGAACUCCAUCAGACACAAUUUGUCGCUCAACAAGGCGUUUGAGAAAGUGCCUAGAAAGCCCAACGAGCCCGGAAAGGGCAUGAAGUGGCAGAUCAGCGAGAGCUACAGGAAAGAGUUCCUGAAAAAAUGGGAGGAAGGAACUCUAAACAAAGUGAAAAGAGGAAGCAGCGUUUCCAGACAACUCCAGAUGCAUCUUAUAAAAAACAGAGGCCUGCCCGACUCUGGCCGUUCGGCCAUCCCGGCCACAAACCCGACCGCAGAUUUCAACAUGUACAAACGGCCCGAGCAACCGUAUUACGAGGCGAAACUGAACUCCGCUGCGCCCCUGCAUUCCGAGCCCCACGAGGCCCUGAACUACAUCACUGCAGCAGCAAGCUUGUCCAACAGUAGCAUCCCCCCAAGCAGUGCUCCAGGCUCCACGUCGGGCACGUCCUCCGUCCCUAAUCAGGUGCCCAAGCCGGAACUCUCCUCGCCUAUCAAACAGCUGGGCGUCCCCGAGUACAGGUCCAACUUUAAUGGAUCGAUCCCGCCUCUGGCCGGCAGAACGGCAUCUCAGGAAACGCCUAGCUCCGCGAUCAAGCCUCCGGCCACCAAUGCACCUGCCUCAUCGGGCAAUGCCCUGUUCCCGCCAGCAAGUCCGAAAAAAUACCAGGUUAGCGCUUUGGAGGCUUACACGCCCGACAGAGGCACGUCGCGCCACCAGUUGGACCCACCCUCGUCGUCGCAAUCGCACCCGUCGGUCAACUCGUCGCCGGCACUGUGGAACUACGUGCAGUUUUCCACACCGCUGGGCGGCCCCUCGUCGAACGGCAACCAGCAGCAAAACAGCAUGCAGUCAGGCGCCACGAACAACCGGUCGCCGGCCAAGAUCGAAUUGGAAAGCCCUCUGCGAGACAGAAAGGCCGAUUCUCAGGUCGGCGACCUUAAAGAUGUGGAUCUCGUUAAAGGAUUUAAGCAAUAGAGAGAUCAUCAAUGGUAUUAUAAGUCAUAACGUAACAAACCAAACGGGACUCAUGGCAUCGGCGUAUGUACAAGUUGGUUUCGAUCCACGAAUCACUCAACAUCCAUAAACUGAUAGUAGCCGUUGAGCUCCAUUACCGGCUUUUUCAGCGAGUCGCUCACGGGAAAUGGCUCCAGCUCCGAUGCGAAGAAGCUGGACGUUUUGCUUGGCGAUGGCGCCCCCAGGGUCAAGUCGGUCACGUCUAGCGACUUGCCGAUCUCGGAAGGAGCUCCCAGCCAGUAGUCCGCAAAGUUUUGGUCCUGAGUUAAAAUGGUUGCAAACUCUUUUCCCACAGGGUCCGUAAAUUCGCCGUUGUCCCCAAGCGACGACGGAGACUCGGCCUGGUCCUCAUAUGUGCCGUUUUCGUCCUCGCCCAGGAACCUUGCGAAGUUGAUGGUCUCGUUCCGUGAAAAGUCCAGCGCAAAAUUAUUAGCGACGGGCAGAGCACCGGAACCUGGUCUAACCUGCAACUUGGAGACCUCGAUGCGUUCGCGGAGAAGAACCUCCGAACCGUACAGUAACGGUACACUGGAGCCAGUGUUCUUAUCGGAGGCCAGAAUCUUGAUCUUGGCGGCCGCAAUGUCCAGCAGGUCGGUGUCGAUAAAAUGGUGGCAUGAAAUGGCCUCGAAUUUGGAGAGGAUCAGCUUCAACAUUUUGAUGUUAAUGUUUCUGUGGUACAACAUCGAGUUGAACAUGUCGAGCAGGUUUCCCAGAAUCAUCACGACAAAGUUGCGCACAGGUAGACACUGCUUGGUGCUCGAUUCGAGGUCGCUCCAGAUGCUCAUUUCCAGCAGAUGGUUCAGCAGCUUGACCAUAGACUCCAGCUGGUAGUCGGAUGGCUUCUGGAAAAACCUGAGUUUCAGGCCGCAGUAAUACAACACCAUCAACACCUUCAUCUGCGAAACCAGUAAUGAGUUAAUCUGGUCGUAAUUGUCAAGGUCGAAUUUUCUCUUUUCUUUAAGAUGCUGAAUAUCAAACUCUUUUUUCUGGGUUUUGAAUAGCACCUCCAUAAUCAGGUAAUUGUCCUUUCUCAGAUUAAGUUUGGAGUCCAGAACACGCACCACAAGCGACAUGAAGUCUUCUGCUGGGUUUGUCUGCUCGGCCUCCAAGUAGGUCUGCGGGUUGAAUUUCUCGUCAGACGUCCUCAGCUGCUCAAAACAUUGCGACAUGGCCGGAUGCAUGUCCAUCACAAGACACUUUAGCACAAAGAGAUUAUCGAAUUUCCGGAGGAGGGAAGCGACCUCUGGAUGGUGCGAGUAGGUGGUGAACACCUCUGUCGAAAUUGAGAGCGAUUCGUCGCGCUCAGCAAAUCGGGUCUCCAUAAACAGCCACAAGGCCACAAACUUGGUUUUGCCGCGAGAGUAUUUGGUAAGCUGACGGUAGUCCCUGAUCUUGGCGAGCAGCGAUGACACCAUUACAGGCCUCUCGACAGUCGCGUCGAAGUCGACAAGACGCCUGUGUUUUGGGUCGUAACUGUAGUCCAGCACGACUAGGCCAAUAGCACAGAUCAGCAUCACCAUCUCCAUGCUCCGAAACGACGCGUCGAGGCUUCUCAUGCCGGCAAGCAAGUCAUCUUUGUCGAGCUCAAAAUAUAGGUGCUGGUUGAGGUCGAAAAAACACGUCACGAGAUGGUUCAGCAAAUGCACAUUGAGCACACGGUCGUCUAGUAGUUUCGGCAAUUCGACUGGCCUGCUCGUGACCAGUGUCAUGUGACUAUCGAAGAAACAAGGCACAGUGAUGUAGCUUUUGGGUGCGGCAUCGGCCCGCUCUACAGCCUUCUUUUCGAGCUCAAAAAUACGGCUAGCAAACUUUGUGUUUUGCUUGCGUAGCUUCUCCAGAUCGGAAACCUCUUUUUCCUCCUCCUCCACAAUUCCUAAUUUUGGUUCCGGUGGCGAAAUUUUAAUCGAUCUAAAGGUUUCUGGAUACUCGCAAGUUAGCUUUUUGCGCUCGCAGUUUU